UUAAUAACUCAUCCUUCAUUAUUCUCCACUAAUAUAUAUUGCUUUGUGCUUGUAGUAUUUGUUGCUUUCUUGCAAACUUUUGAUGUUCUUUCACUCAGCAUGACAUCUAUGUAGUUGUUUUAUCAAAUUGUGUCUAGUCAAAUUCUUGAUCCUGUCUAGUUAGUAUGUCCUAUGUAGGAUUCGAUCAAUCCUAUUUUCUAUUCUUUGUCGUUAAGGUGAAGAACUAAACCAAGAAUUCUCUAUUUUCAUCGUCAAAUGAAUCACUGUUCACUACCCAUGAUUUAAGUAGGAUACUUGAAUAUUGUACAAGUUCCUUGGAUAUAGUCCAGAUUACUAGGGUGGCCACUGGAUUCUUGGAUUUAUGCUUUGGUUUGUCCAAGCUUGACCAGUAACUUGAAUACCAUGGAAAUUCGUGAAAUUAGCUGUUACUUGUCUGUCCACAUUAAAACAAAUCUUCCAUUUCCUUAUCUGUAUUUAUGUUUUGCUUUCACUUGUAUUUAUUGAUAUUAACUAAGUACUGUUCAUAACAAGCAGAAAAGUCUGACAGGCCACCGCUUAUUCUUCUUUUUGUUUGAACAAUCAUCUUGAUGGCAUUACGUUGUUGCAAAAGUUAACGGCCUUGUUAUGUAUUAGCUAGCAUCUAGGCUCCAGGAACAUUGACGCGGUGUGAGAAGGAUAUGGAUUCAAGCCGAUCCCUUUGUUGCAUCGUCGUUCUAAUUCUGUUCGGGAUAUCCAUCCAAUACCAAAGUUCUGCAAGUGAGAUUGACGAAAUCCAGACAGCGCUACUGUUAGUAAAUGUAUCUGAAGGAUCAGCAAAGGAAAUACCAGAUACUCUAUUUGGAAUAUUCUUUGAGGAGAUCAAUCAUGCUGGUGCUGGUGGACUGUGGGCUGAACUUGUCAGCAACAGAGAUUUUGAAUUUGGAGACUCAUCCGUGCCAUCUCCUUGGGCAAUCAUUGGGAACAAUUCUUCUGUGAUUGUAUCAACGGAUCUUUCAUCAUGCUUUGAUCGGAAUAAAGUUGCACUGCGUGUAGAGGUGCUUUGUGAUAACACAGGUGCCAAUGUCUGUCUUGAUGGAGGAAUUGGAGUCUACAAUCCAGGAUUCUGGGGCAUGAAUAUUGAACAAGGAAAGAGUUAUCAACUGGUGUUUUAUCUGCGUUCAGACGGACCAGUUAAUCUAUCAGUAGCUUUAACCGGUUCAAAUGGACUAACGAAUCUGGCUACAACUCCUGUACUAGUUGCUAAUGCAUCAAAUUGGACAAAGGUGAUGGUUACGUUGGAAGCUGAAGGGACGGAUCCCAAUUCAAGACUGGAACUGAGAUCAACUACAAAGGGUGUUAUGUGGUUUGAUCAAGUAUCAUUGAUGCCUCUGGACACAUACAAUGGGCAUGGCUUCCGGAAAGAUCUUUUUGAAAUGCUACAAGAUUUGAAACCGGCAUUUCUCAGAUUUCCAGGGGGAUGUUUCGUGGAAGGGGCCAAGUUAAGUAAUGCAUUUUGGUGGAAAGAAACCAUUGGACCAUGGGAAGAGAGGCCUGGCCAUUUCGGGGAUGUGUGGGGGUACUGGACUGAUGACGGACUUGGUCAUUUCGAGUUUCUUCAACUUGCUGAGGACUUGGGUGCGUUGCCAGUCUGGGUUUUCAACAGCGAAGGUCUUGAAUUUGCGAGGGGUGCUUCUAACUCAACAUGGGGUUCGGUUCGAGCUGAAAUGGGACAUCCAGAGUCCUUUGAUUUGAGAUACGUCGCUGUUGGAAAUGAGGAUUGUGAAAAGAAAUUCCCACAGUACAAGGGAAAUUACCUCAAGUUCCAUUCAGCAAUCAAAGAAGCCUACCCUGAUAUUAAGAUAAUCUCCAACUGUGAUGGUUCUUCCAAACUAUUGGAUCACCCGGCUGAUUUAUAUGAUUUUCAUAUUUAUGCAAGUGCAAAUGAUGUGUUCUCUAAUGCCAGCCGUUUCAAUGGUGCGCCGCGCAGUGGACCAAAGGCUUUUAUUAGUGAGUAUGCUACUAAAGACGAUGCUGGAAAUGGUAAUCUGUUAGCAGCACUGGCUGAAGCUGGAUUCCUUAUCGGAGUAGAAAAAAACAGUGAUGUAAUUGAAAUGGCAAGUUAUGCACCCUUAUUUGUUAACAACAACAACCGGAGGUGGACACCAGACGCGAUUGUUUUCACUAGUUCACAGGUGUAUGGAACCCCUAGUUACUGGAUGCAGCACUUCUUCAAAGAGUCCAAUGGUGCAACUCUUAUAGACUCAACACUCCAAGAUAAUAAUCUUUCGAAUUCACUAAUAGCAUCUGUCAUCAAAUGGCGAAAUGAGACUGAUGACAACGACUACAUAAGAAUAAAGGUUGUGAACUUUGGGAACAACACAGUUACACUUAAUAUCUCUAUCAGUGGAUUGGAGAACUCGUUGCAGCCCUCUGGGGCAACAAAAACUAUAUUAACAUCUAGCAACGUGAUGGAUGAGAAUGCUUUCACAUAUCCUAAAAAGAUUAUACCAGUUGAAACGAUGCUCGAUAAAGUUGGCGAAAACAUGGAUGUUGUACUCUUACCAUAUUCUAUCACUUCAAUUGAUUUGUUAACAAAAUCCAUCAGCAUUUAGACUGUAAACAACUGAUUCUGAAACUGUAUUAUCAUUGAAAUAUGCCAGUUAUGAAUAAUAUCUCUUUCUUUUGGAGGUUC